GAUACCCCCAAUUGCGAGAGUGCCAUUACAGCUUGGAUCAAUUUCGCGCUCUCAACCAGCUCCCUCAAAAACCCUUAUUGGAGACCAUGAGUAAGUCUCCGAGCAGAGAUCUGCAAGUCUUUGAUUUCAAUGAAGAGGAUGAUGCUGCAGCCUCGGACAAAGAUUCCCAUCACCAAUCCCUAUCCCACCACGAUCCUCACGAUUCCCAGGUGAGCAAGGUUGGCAUAAAGAAUGUUGCCAGUGUACCUUGUGUUGGCGUAGCUGGUGCUAUUUUUAAUUUGGAAAAGGGUGGUUCUGACCCUUCUCCUGAUACACCGGAAGAUAUGUAUGAUAGUGAAGAGAAGAAAUAUGUGUUGGAAGCUGACAAACAGUCAAAUUUGGGUAGUCAUGAAAAUGAUCAUCUUAAAGAUGUUGAUAACUAUAACAAGCCAGAGAAAAUGGAUAUAUGUGGCGAAGUAUCUUCACCUGAAACAGGCCACAUUGAGCCUUCAGGGACUUCAUACAGUAAUGAAUCAAUUGAUGUCAAUUCAGAAGCUGAUGAGAGUGCUCCAACAAGUCCUGCUUCUGAUAUUCCAGAGAAUGUUUCAUUAAAUGGUUUUGGAUUGAAUGGCACAGACAAUUCUGAUAUGGAUGACACAAAUAUGGAAGUCGUUCUUCAUCCCGAUUAUGUCAUAUACCAAGAUAAUCAUUAUCUGGGGCCAACAUUAACCUUUUCACCCUUUUCUGUCAAGAUCAAUGUUUCAACUUCUUGUAUAAAGCAAGAAGCCUUUGAUCUGGAAUGGGCACUGGAUGAUCUCAUUGACAUUAAUUGUCAAUUGUUUCAAAGUAGUGGAACCGUCAUUAUUAAGCUUAGAGUAAUAUCAAGUAAUGCAAGCCAGUCAAAUCAUGUAAGCAAUGCUUCAGGCAUUGAGGAACUGAAAUUUGCGCUUGUUGAUUACAAUUGGUCCCUGAGACAUAGGCAAAUCAUAUCCCUUAAUACAAAAUACUUGGCUUCUUGGAACAUUGCGCUUCAUGCGGAUGUAGAAGGCAAUGAAACUGAUUCACAUGCAUCAAGAUGCUACUUCCCAAAUUUUGAGGAGAAUUUUGAUGAUGUUAUCUAUCCAAAAGGGGAUCCAGAUGCUGUUUCCCUAAGCAAGAGAGAUGUGGAUCUCCUGCAACCAGACACAUUCAUUAAUGAUACAAUUAUCGAUUUUUACAUCCAGUAUCUUAAGAAUCAAAUACCGGAGGAGGAAAAACCUAGAUUUCAUUUUUUUAAUAGUUUUUUCUUUAGAAAGCUGGCUGAUAUGGACAAAAAUCCAUCCAGUGCUUCUGAUGGAAAAGCAGCAUUUCUACGUGUUCGGAAAUGGACAAGAAAAGUAAAUUUAUUUGCAAAGGAUUAUAUCUUCAUUCCUGUGAACUUCAAUCUUCACUGGAGUUUAAUAGUCAUAUGCCAUCCUGGUGAAGUGGUUAAUUUUAAUGGUGAGAUCUCAGUUUAUAUUCUUUCUUGUGAUACUCUGUUUUCAGAAAUUUAUGUUAUUCUGUGUAUUCCAGACAAGGAGAUGCACGAUUCACUUAAGGUACCCAGUAUAUUGCAUAUGGAUUCUAUAAAAGGAAGUCAUAGUGGUCUGAAAAACUUGGUGCAAAGUUACUUGUGGGAAGAGUGGAAAGAGAGACACAAGGAUACCUUGGAAGAAGACCUUUCAUCAAGAUUCUUCAACAUGCGUUUUCUUCCACUUGCGUUGCCGCAGCAAGAAAACUCGUAUGAUUGUGGCCUAUUUCUGCUUCACUACCUUGAGCUGUUCCUUACUGAAGCCCCUCUUAAUUUCAACCCUAUCAAACUAACCAAGUUUUCCAACUUCCUCAAUGUAGACUGGUUUCUGCCUGCUGAGGCUUAUCUCAAGCGAACACUGAUCCAGAAGUUAAUCUUUGAACUUGUGGAAAACCUUGGUUCACACGAAAUCUCUUCCUCUGACUGUAGUGCUGACAAUGAGUGCUUAGCAAAUAAUGAUAACAGAACUGGGAUUGAUCACACUGAAGUCAAUAAGGAGUCAACAACUUCGCAUGUGGGGCAGGGAAUAGAAAUCACUCUAUUGUCUGGUUCGUCAUCUUUGGAUCAUCAAUCUUUUAACAGUUCAGGCUUGGUUCUUAAAGAGCUUUUUGAGCCAGGAGCUACAGCAGGAGCUAUGUUGGGACAGUGCCAAUCUUUUGACCAGCGUUUCAAUGGUUCAAUAUACACGAUGGAGGAAGACAGUGAUCUUGGGGAACAGUUUAUGUACCUGCCUACAGAUCCCAACUUCCAGCAAGUGGCUGGAAUUAUUCCUCAAACAUGUUCUUUGCCAUAUCUUCCCAGGGAGUGUGGAGAUGAUACAUGUCAUAGACCACAAAUCUCUCUUCAAGCGAACCAUGAUGUGGUUGAGUCAUCUCUACAUUCAUCAAAUGGUGCCUUAGAUGAUUCAGAAGACGUAAGGGUCACAGAAAACUGCCCUUCUCUGAAUGAGCCCAGGUCAUCUAAUGAAGCUGAACAAGCGGAGAAAACUUUUUCGGCAAUGGUAAAUGCUGAGCAUGUCAGAGAUAUUUCCACCACUAUUAUUGGAAAUUCUGGAGACUCAAUUAUGAAGUGUGAUGAUAACAAUGGAGAUCUCCACUCUACUGGUCAAGAAAUUCUGACAAUACCAUUGCAACAAGUUUCUCAUGUCCCAGAUUAUGGUGAAACUCCCACGAUAACAUUGCAACAAGUUUCACAGUUGGCAGUUGACGAGGACACUCCCACAAUUCCAUUGCAACAAAUUUCUGAUACAGUAGAUGACGGUGAGACUAUUGAUGACGUGGCACCUGAUAUGUGUGAGGAACAAGCUUCAAAGAGGCGGCGACUUAUGCCUGUUGAAUGUAAUGGUGAGGGCACUGUGACAAAUUCCGAUCUGUAGAUAACUAGAUGUAGAUAGAUAUGGCUUCCUUACAUUACUUUUGGAUUGUUUCUAGGUUGUACUUUACCAAUGUGAAUACUAAAAUAGUGUCGUUGCUGGGUUGUAGUAGUUAGUUAAUUCUGCGGCCAAAAUUGGAAAUUACCUGCGGACUUUAGAUACAAUUCAUCCUGGCAUUAGCAGGAUUUUUUUU